AUGGCGUGCCCGCACGUCGCGGGCGUCGCGGCGCAGAUCCGGGCAAUGCGCCCGGACCUGGCUCCCGACCAGGUCACUGCUGCGCUGCUCUGUUUUGCCACGCCCGAUGCCAUUAGCGGCCUCCCAUCCGACACAGCCAACAAGCUGCUCUUCAACGACCUCGACGACGCUACCUUGAAGACAGGCAGCGCGUGUGGCGACAAGCCGGUUUACAAGAAGGGCAGGCGCUACCUACUGUUCGACGACCACCAAGGGCGCUGGGAGUUCAGUAGUGGCCCGUGCAACACCGGAAAGGACUGGUACCCCGGGCAGGACGGCGCAAGCUGCCCGAGCGGCAACACUGCUGGGUGGGCGGCCACAUGCACCAACGGGAGGGAUGAUCCAAGCCGCCGCUAG